AUGAGAGACGCCCCGCCCUGUCUCCUGGCGACGCUAAGCGUCUUGUGCCUGCUCUCGGCGGUGUAUGUUCUGGAUGAGUUCUCGCUGCGUCGCUGGAGCCUCCUGCCGGGCGCCGCCUGGCAGGGCGACCCCGGCGCUCCCGCGGGCGCCCCCGCCGAGGGCGAGCGCACCGCUGCUCCCGGCGCGCGGGCAGGGCCGCCGAAGCCCGAGGUCCGGCCCCAGGGGCGCCCCGUGGCGCGACGCAACGCCACCGCGGGCGCCGCGGCUGAGCCGGCGGCCCCGGGCCCCGCGCCGCCGGAGGGCGUCGCCCUCGCGCCGUCGGAGGUGCUGUGGCUCCACGUUCCAAAGUGCGGCACGUCGUUCAUCUACGUGCUGGUCGCGUGGGCCUGCCCGUCCUCCCAGCAGCCGAACUGCGACAUCGCCAUCGGCUCCGUCGGGAGGGCGUGCAAGGAGCUGAAGCACCUGAACUGCGCGGGGCACUGGGUGAUGGGGAACCAGGCCUUCGAAGCCGGGGCAGGGGAGGUUCGUGUCGGUCUUCCGGCAGCCGGAGCAGAGGAGACUGCGACACCCUCAGUGCUGACCCCCGUCGGCAUUGCCCGAAGGAUGGUGUCCCAUUUCGGGCGGGGCGCCAGGCUGCGCCAGCCGUGGCCGGAGUUCAUCCGGGACGUGGAGGGCUGCCAGGCGAAGGCCUUGACGGGCCACGGUUGCAUCGUGCCGUACGCGCUCACGGAUGCCGACAUCGAGCUGGCGGUCCACCGCGUGCGGUUCGGCUUCGCCUUCGUCGGCGUCCUGGAAGAGUGGUCGCAGACGGUGUGCCUGUUCCACAAGAUGUUCGGGGGCAGCUGCAGGCCAGACGAGGCAAUGCAUUACCGGCAGAAUGCAAAAAGAAGGAAGGACGGCGGCGUUGACAGCGACGGCAAUUACAACGUAUCCGUUCUCAACGGCUACGUCGACAAAGCUGACACUCGCGUCUACGAUGCCGCCAUGGAGGUGUUCCAGGGCAACCUGAGGAGAUAUGCAGGAUCACGCUCGCCAGCUGGUUGCGAAGCGUUCUGCCUGUGA